UUAACAGCGGUCGCGUCCGUGGUUUGGAAACUCGGGUGCGCGCGACUUUUUUCCUCACCUGAGGGACUCGCGGCCUCUGUCACGCCCUGUCGCGUUUCGGGCCAACGUCGGCGCGCUCGGCACAGUGCUCGUAGGAGCUUCGGUGGACGCGUUUGCUGCAGUGCCUUCCUGUAUUGCAGGAAAGACGGUUUGACGUGCCGGGAAAUUAGCUGGAUACAUUGAGGGCUGGCAAGCUGGGGAACUGUCCUUACCGUAGUUCACACGCAACUUCUCCUUCUGUUUGCAGCAAGAGAAAAGCUUGGUCACGUGCAUCGGUGCGUGUAAGCCCUCAAGCAUCCAAGUAGAUCGGUGGCUCUCCAGAACUGUGUGAACAGCGAGUGCCUCCUCGCGCUCUUGUGGCAAAUGACAGAGUCUGUUGUCGUUCGAUCACCAGCCGGCUAAUGUGACAAGGUGCCAGUUGACACCAUUUCGCGGGGAUCUUGUGGACAUUUGGACUUCAGUGAGGCUGUCUAGCGGGACUUCAAGGCUGAGUGCAUUGUUUAGAGGUCAUUGAAAACAUUAUUCCUGGACCUUAGCAAAGAGAACCUGGCGCGGAUACGUGUUGAAAAGACGGUAUUCUCAUUUGGGAUACUUAAAUCAAGUCCAAGGAUAACUGCUCGACUUUCGUCAGCACGCUCUUCGUAGGAGGAACAGACCUCUGCCGAUCGUUGCGGACGGUCGCCUGCUCAAAGCUUCGCCUGAUCGUAUGACUGACGAGAGAAGUACUGUGAAGUCUGCUUAACUACAACCCGCAAGAAAUCAUCAGACCUUCUACAGCGCAUCGAAAGCUUCUGACAAGAAAGGUCGUGCAGCGGCAGGUUUCCACGGGCAGUCGUCGAACCAGUUGUGACGAUGUGUCCGUGCACCAGCCCUCGACAGUUAGGCGUCUCGGGCAAACCACCGGAGUGAAUUGCGGAGAUCAAGUGACGCCUUCAGCUGCACAUCGGAGCGACCGCGCGGAAGAAAUGCGCUCCGACGAGAAUUCCGGCCGGCGAAGCGCAUGCCGAUCGCCACCCGCUUUCCUCCGGACAGCGAUCGGCUCGGCGCUGGUCGCCUCGCUGGUCGCGGCGACCGUCGCUUCCGCGGCAGUAUUGGCCCCGCCGGACCUGAAGAAGCCGUCACCGCCGCAGCAGCUGCGCAACGUGCUGGCAUCGUAUACGACGUUCAACGAGACGGUGAACUUCACGCAUUUCGUGGUGGACACAGGCACAGGCCGCGUCUACGUGGGCGCUACGAACUGGCUGUACCAGUUCAACGCAUCCCUCGAGCUCGAGGCCUCGGUGCAGACGGGACCCGUCGAGGACAGCGUACUUUGCUCGCCCUCGGACUGCAGCGGUGUCGCAGCCGAACCGACGGACAACAUAAACAAGGUGCUGGUCAUUGAUUACAAAACACGCAAGCUGAUCGCCUGCGGCAGCAUCCACCAGGGCGCCUGCCGAAGACAUGACCUCGACGACAUCACGCAGCAGGAGGCCCUCGUAUCCGUACCCGUCGCGGCCAAUGACCGAAACUCGUCCACGUAUGCGUUCGUGGGGCCCGCGCACUACCACGGUGGGCGAGGCCCCAGGCGAGUAAUGUACGUGGCCACGACCAACAGUCGGCAGGGCCCGUACCGGGACAUGGUGCCGUCCAUCUGCAGCCGGAGCCUGGACGAACCCGGCGGUGGCCGGGGAGCUCUAGGGGGCUCGUCGGACCAGCCCUUGUUCGCCAUCAUAGAGCAGUCCUUCUCGGCUACAGCGCGUGUGGACAUUGCAAACCACAUCAAGGAUUACUACCUCGUACACUACGUGUACGGCUUCCACACGGAGCACUUUGCCUACUUCGCUACUGUUCAGCGAAAGAGCCACCUGAGGGCAUCUGAAGAGCUGGGCUACGUCAGCCGACUAGCCCGCGUGUGCACCUCGGACCCGGCGUACAGCACCUACACAGAAGUGACCCUCCAGUGCCUCGGUCCUGAUGGCACCGACUACAAUCUUCUCACUGAUGCUGGAGUCGUGGCGGCCGGCGAAGACGUUGCCGAUGAACUAGGACUAGAACCUGGCUCAUCAGACUCCCGAGUCCUCGUGGGCCUAUUUGUUGUAAGCGCCGACCACACCACACGGCCCAGUCGACGGUCAGCCAUCUGCCUUUUCGCCAUGACAGAUGUGGAGCAAAAGUUCACCGAAAAUGUCCACAUGUGCUACAACGGCAGCGUGCUCACCAGAAACAUGGACUACAUCGCAGGAAGCAUCAACCAGUGUCCCGAGCCAGGGAAAGCCGGAAACAUAAUCAACUUCUGCAAUGAGACCGUCAAGCUGAACGGAUCAGUUCCCAUCUCUGUGAAGGCGGCGAUCACGUACCCCAACGACACGCUGACGUCACUGGCUACCGUCCUUGUGGGGCACCAUAAUGUUCUCUUCGUGGGAACUGCUGAGGGAACGCUCAGAAAGAUUCUCAUCACCGGAGCCACAGCCGCUGAAGAGUUUGAGCAAGUGCCUUUAGAUCCUGGACAUAAGAUCAUACCCCAGAUAAACGUGGACGCUGCUCAGAACUUCCUCUUCGCGGUUUCCGUCUACAAGGUCAGCAAGGUUCGCAUCGAGAAAUGUCAGCUGUACGAGACCUGUGAAUCAUGCCUCGCUUCCCGCAAUCCGUUCUGUGGAUGGUGUUCUUUGGAAAGGAGGUGCACAGUGAAGGCCCACUGUCAAAACGCCACGGGCACCAUGGUUGAGAGAAGCAGCUCGGCGCGUUGGCUCUCUCUUGGCUCGAAUAAGUGCAUCGACUUCCUCGCCGUGCGGCCAGAGCAGCUGCCCUACAAGUCCAUGUCCAUGGUGGACUUGGUGAUCAACCAGCUACCGCAGCUUCCGUACGGGGCGCACUACCUCUGCGUGUAUGGCAGCAGCGCCCCGAUUCAAGCGCGCGUCACGCACUUGGGCCUCGCCUGCAUGUCCCCGCUGGUGGCGGCUCGGCCGCCCAUCGUGCCGGGGAGAGAUCACGUCAUUGUGGACUUGGCCGUGCGCUCCAGUGAGACCGACACCGACUUCAUUCACAGAGAGUUCGUCUUCUUCGACUGCAGUGUUCACAAAACAUGCAAGUCUUGUGUGAUGAGCUCGUGGCCCUGCAAUUGGUGCCUGCACGAGAAUUUCUGCACCAGCAACGCUACCGACUGCGCCCGACGCGUCAUCAUCGGAGAAAGCAACUCUCACAACUCACUCAUCAAGGGUCGACAGCACUGUCCAAGCUUCAGCAUCGACGAUGAAAUUCUGCUCCCCCAUGAGGCACGCAAGGAAAUCGCCGUGGAAGUGAGAAAUAUAUUGACACCCCUGGAAGGAUUUCAAUGCGUCGUCGAAAUUGAAGGCGCCAGGGAGCGGGUGUUUGCUCGGCUCCGGGACAACAAAGUCAUCUGCACGGAGAGCACGUACACCUACCAAGCUGAGCAAGGAGAACUACAAGCUUCCCUCACUGUUCUGUGGAAUGGCGACACUUUCAUCGACAAGACCAACGUGACAUUGUACAAGUGCCUGCUGCUGGGAAGCCACGGUGGCCGCCAGGACUGCUCCCUGUGCCUGACGCGCGACAAGCGCUACCAAUGCUCCUGGUGCGGAGGGUCGUGCAACUACGGACCAUCGUGCGUCGAGCCGGUCACCACGUCGUGCCCACCGCCCAGGAUCGAUUGGAUCCACCCUCUCAACGGGCCUGUGGAAGGAGGCACCUUGGUCACCAUAGAAGGCAGCAACCUGGGCACGAGCGAGGAAGAAAUAAGAGACAAGAUCCUCGUUGGCGGCCUUCCCUGUGUUCCAGUGGAGUACAACGUGUCAGUCAGAGUUGUCUGCCGGACGCAACCGAGCCCCCAUGGUGCGCAGGCGACGUACGUGGUCAUCGGGAAUCGCGCCGGCAUCACCAAGGCACAGGAAAAGUUUCACUACAAGCCUGUGGAGCUGACCGGAGUGCAGCCCCGCGUAGGACCUCAAUCGGGUGGCACGCGCCUGUACCUGAACGGAACCAAUCUGAACGUCGGCAGUCAUGUGAGCGUUUACCUGGACGACAUCGUGUGCCAUGUCGAAAGGUCUCUUGCAAGCAGCAGCCAGAUCAGUUGCCGAACGUCCAGGUCGCCCUACCCAUCGUAUCAGGUCUCCCAGCUGAUUCUGCGCAUUGACGGUGCCAACCUGACCCUGAGCAACCCAUUUUUCUACACUGAGGACCCUUCUUUGCACAGAAUUCAACCGCUUAAAAGCUUCCUCAGUGGAGGCAGACACAUCCACAUUUACGGAACCAACUUGACGUCUAUUCAGCAACCACGUAUGGCGGUGUUCAACAGGUUUCGCCAAGUAAACGAAACGUCGUGCCACGUGUUGAACGCCUCUGUCAUGGUCUGCCCUUCUCCGGCCGUGCUCCUGCGCAACCCGGGGAGGGACAGCAGCUCUGACGACGAGGAAGAGCAGGCGGAGAGCGCCGACGUAGUUGCACACGCCGUGGCCAGAGGGCAGCACCAGAGGAAUACGGCAGUAAAGUCAAGAGGGGAAUCCGAAGCUGGAUCCGAAGGCGACGAGCUGGACGCUGUGCGGCUUCGCAUCGGCUUCAUAAUGGACGAUGUUCGAUCGGUGCAGGAACUGAACAAGUUCUACCCAGAUGUGGCGUCGGACCUCACCUACGUUUCCGACCCGCGUUUCUUUCCCUUCGACAACGACGGUGUAAAGCUCUACAAGGGAGAGCCACUCGUCAUUGAGGGGGAAAUGCUUCGAUUGGCCACCACGGAAUCCGAAAUUAAUGUUACGAUCGGCACGCGUCCGUGCAACUUAACAUCGCUCAGCAUGAGUCAACUGGUCUGUGUUCCACCAGACGUUCAGCCUCCAAGCACCGACGAAAUCGGCCACCGGACAGAGAUGGAUUUGCCUGUUGUUGUGGUACGAGUUGGCAGUAACCUGCGCUAUGAAGUGGGCUACUUGCGGUACGAAGUGGCUAAGAUCUACGAGUUUCCGCCGGAGACUGUAGGAGCCAUUGCAGCCGGCGGAACAGUGCUGAUGCUUUUGAGCCUCGUAACGUUGGCCAUCCUGAAGCACAAGAACUCGCAGGCCGAGAGAGAAUACAAGAGGAUCCAGCUCCAGAUGGACACGCUAGAGAACAGCGUCCGGUCCGAGUGCAAACAAGCGUUUGCGGAACUACAGACUGAUAUGACGGACCUAAACAAUGACAUUCAAGCGACGGGGAUACCGACCCUUGACCACAAGGCGUACAUUAUGAAAGUGUUCUUCCCGGGUGUACCAAAUAGUCCGAUCUUGCAGGAGGUCAAACAAAUCAACGGCCCUUACAACAACUACGAGGUGGCGAUGACAAAUUUUGAGAUGCUUAUCAACAACAAGAGCUUUCUACUGACAUUCAUUGACACUCUAGAAAACCAGAACACUUUCAGCAUCAGGGACAAAGUGAACGUAGCAUCGCUGCUCAUGAUCAUUUUGCUCGACAAAAUGGAAUACGCCACAGACAUAUUGCGAGAGCUCUUAAUCCGGCUUGUGGAAAAGUACGUUGGAACAAAGCAUCCUCAACUAAUGCUCAGAAGGACUGAAUCCGUCGUCGAAAAGAUGCUAACAAACUGGAUGGCGUUGUGCAUGUAUGGUUACAUAAAGGAACACGCGGGAAGGUCACUAUUCCUCCUGUUCAGCGCGAUCAAGCAUCAAGUGGAGAAAGGCCCCGUGGAUGCGGUGACACACGAUGCUCGUUAUUCACUCUCCGAAGAGCGGCUGCUCCGAGAGCAGAUCGAGUACUGCACAGUGGUCAUUCAAGUCCUGCAAGAAGACCAGGAUGAAAAAGUCUUUUGUCGCGUCAACGACUGCGACACAAUCAGCCAAGUGAAGGCCAAAGUAUUGGACGCCCUCUACAAGAACACUCCAUGCUCAAUGCGGCCGCUGAUAUCAGAGGUUGACCUCGAAUGGCGGCACGGAAGAGGCGGUCACCUGAUUCUUCAAGACGAGGACCUCACUACAAAGACGGUUAGCGGAUGUCAGAAACUCAACACGUUGGCCCACUACGGCAUACAUGAUUCAGCCAUCAUGAGCCUUGUCAACAAAAAAAGGCGCUACUGCAAGAACGGUACGGCUACAUAUGGACCAAUCAACACACUACCAGCACGCAACAACAAUUACGAGGGUCACUACGGCAGCGCCACGAAGUACUGGCACUUGGUCAAGCCCCUCGAUGAUCGCCAUGAGUCGCAGCAGGACCAGCGGCACAAAUCUAUCCCGGAAAUAUUCCUCACCAGGCUGCUGUCCACAAAGGGAACCAUACAAAAGUUUGUCGACGACUUCCUGCACAACAUCUUAACCGUCAACGAGGCACUGCCUUGUGCCGUCAAAUGGCUCUUCGACCUCUUGGACACAACUGCGUCCACAUACGGCAUAGUCGACGCGGAGGUGUGCCAUGCCUGGAAGAGCAACAGCUUGCCUCUGCGAUUCUGGGUCAAUCUAGUCAAGAACCCCGACUUCAUUUUUGACAUUGAGAAGACGCCAAUUUUAGAUGCUUGCCUUUCCGUAAUUGCGCAGACUUUCAUGGACGCCUGCUCAACAACAGAGCAUAGACUUGGAAAGGAUUCUCCAUCCAACAAAUUAUUAUUCGCAAGAGAUAUUCCAAGUUACAGAAGACUUGUGUGCAAGUUCUACCAGGAUGUCGCGGCGUUGCCUCCAGUUUCCGACCAGGAUAUGCGAUCUGCUAUGCAUGCGUUGUCUGUGGCGCAUGCAGGGGAAGUUGAUGUCCUGAAUGCCUUGAAAGAAUUGUAUAUUUAUGUUACAAAAUACUCCGAGCAGAUACUGGAGGCCCUCGAAGAUGACGAGGCGUGCCAGGAGCUCCAGCUGGCCCAACGACUAGAGACGGUGGCGUGCACAUUAAGCGCUGAGCGAACUUUGCCGUGCUAGAACUUGUCCUUGACGAGCAGUGUGGUUACCGGUAGCAAUGUGUAAGGGGCCGCGCUCAUCCCGAGGCACACAAAAGCUGGUCUCCUAGGUGUCGGGGCCCCCUGGGGCGCUCCAAGCAACACGCACCGGACACCAACGGUGAAGCCAUGUGAUCAACCUCCAUUUGUACAGAACCCAGCGCGGCGGCGGAGACUGUUCUCAUUGUGGUGCUUGCAGCGUUGACUCGCUUCCUGCGGCAUGAUGGAUUUGCGAACGCUGUGGGAAUUUCUUUUCCUGUUCUUCUACCGAGGGCAGCCAGCGCCAUGAUGGCGCAUAGCAGUGUUUGUGCCUAUGUGUGAGUGUUUUCUUUUCCAGAGAACCCACAUUCGUGCCUGAG